AUGGGAUUAGAGCUCUCAAAACUCGAUCGAGUUGAAGCUUGGCCGGUCGAGUUGAGGAACUCGACCGGUUGGUCGAGUAGACGGUCGAGCUGGUCUUCAAGAUGGCUUCUCCCUUCUUCCUUUGCGUAUCCAGUUGAGCUGCGUCCAUGUGCCAAGUCCCUCCAUGCUCCUUCGUCCCAUAUGCUCCAGAAUGCUCCAAAAGACCUAUUUCAAAGGACCAAACAUGCAUAUUACAUCAAUGACCCAACGGAUUAUGUAUACCCGUUCAUUGCCACGGGUGUAGAAAGCAAUGAUCCAGCCAUCGCAACUCAAGUCAAUAAUGAAGUCUUCAGAAACCAGCCUGAAGAACCGGAUACGCCGGAACCAACAUGGGAGGAUUAUCUUGGACACCAGAACGUAUCACCCACGUACUGGACAAGGAAACUCAACGAGAUCGCUGGAUACACAUCAUCAAUGGAGCAUGGAGAAGGAAGCAUACCUCAAGAUCAAGGAGAAGCUAAUGCGAUAUGGUGUACAAUGUAUGGAGAACAAGAUGCACCAAACUCGGUGGCAGGCAAUGAAUAUCAAAUACCGGAUCUUAACCAAACCACGGAGGAAGGUACCGGAGAGAAUGAAUGGCCACAAGAUGAUGAAGCCAAAGGGGAAGGCCUCCCAGAAGACUGCGAGGAUGAGAGUCCCAGCACCGUCUCAAGUCACGCUACCAUGCGAUCAAUGUGGAAGGACGGGACAUCAUAG